AUGGCUCAUAGAAUUUUAGUGAAUGUGAUUUUCACCGGUGCCAAAGUUUUUGGUACUGCUUUUUCUGAAGCAUACAAACAAGCCGCUAGCGCCGGUGCUCGACAGUCGGCCUCUGCUGCUGCGAAAGCCGCCGCCGCUUCUGCCAAUGGGGGGAUCCAACUUGAUGAAGCUUGCAAGAUUUUGGAUCUUGACAUGAAGAAGGAUGGGUUGAGCGAGUCCAACAUUAACGAAAAAUAUGACUACUUAUUCAAUGUCAACAACAAGGAAAAAGGUGGCAGUUUUUAUGUCCAGAGCAAAGUGUAUUAUGCUAAAGAAAGGCUUUUGGGAGAAAUAAAUUAUCGACAAGAGUUGAAAAAGGAGACCGAAAACCAGUGA